AUGAAAGCUGAGAACAUAGCUCUUGACCGCUUAGGUCGCCCAAAACUCAUCGACUUUGGUAUGGCAAAAUGGUUUGGCAUUUCCAGUGAGCUCAAGCAGUCCGUAGCUCAUAACAUUUGCUCAAGCUCGAUUUCUGGCUCUGAGGACCCUAUAUCUGAGAUCUCGGUUAAUUGCUGUCAGGCCAAGAGAAAUGAAUCCCAACCACUUUCUGGCGCGAGUUUUGCUGACAGGCUCUACAUGAAGAAAAGGCAGUCAAAUGAUGAGAGCCCCUUAUCAGCUGAUGGACUAGGUAUUGGUGCUUGUGGUUGCGCGCACGACCGACUAGCUGAGGUUGAAGCUGAGCUAAGAUGUCCGCCAACAAAAUACUACUUUGCUGCCUACCUAGCUCCUGAGAUUUACAAUCAUCCCGAAGUUUGCAAUCAAUUUGUUGAUUCCUGGGGUUUGGGAUACAUACUAGUUGAGAUGAUCCUAGGAUAUGGCAUGCAAGUUUUUAUCUUCAUUACGGCAUAUUUAUAA